CGCCACUCUCUGGUUCCCCUCGGGAUCACCGGCGAACCAACCAGAGCCUCCACCUUCUCCUCGGUCUCCCCACCAGCCCAACCGAAGCGCUCGAACAAGUCUCCUCCUUCCUCGGGAUCGAUCCAGAUCCCACCUAGCCAAAUCCCCUCGCUCGAUCUUCCUCGAUCCAAACCGCAGCCAACCACUGCCCGAGCUCCUCCUUCUUCGAGAAGCACCCGUACCGGGCGGCUUUCAGAUCGAGCAAACUCGAUCUCGACCAGCAGCCAGAGUCCACAGCCUCCUCUGCUUCUUCUCAAGCACUUCCAUGGAGCCAGCCGUCCCCGCCGGCGAUGAGCAGGGGCACGCCAUGGAUGCCUCCCCGAGCUCGAGUUCUCCUCGCCGCUGUCGGGAACCGCUGUCCCACGGUCGGAUCCGUCAAGUCCGCGACCCCGCCUGACCUGUUUCCCGUUAAUGCCGCUGCCGAGCCUUCUUCUGCUUCCCCUGCUGCAGGGCUCCAUCACCCCUGCUCGUCUUCACCUCGCGCACCGCGUCACCGCUCCUCCUCCGCCGUGCCGGCGAGCGCGACGCAGGAGCACCGCAGGAGCACCAACGGCCGCCACCAUCGCCGGAGAUGGGGCCCCGACGCCCAGUUCGGCUCGCCUCCACUGCUUUGGCGUCAUCCCCGUCGCCGGAGGAUGCAGCACCUGGCCGCCUCUAGCCCCGAUGCCGGCAAGCCAUCACCUCCGCCACCCUUGCUCGUUCCCGACCGGCGUCGCUCUGAACCUGUCGCUGCCGCUUUUCUUCAGAGACGAGCAGAGCAGCUCGCCUGCCCCGCUCGACGCGUUGACUGCAGGCCCAGCCAGCGCCAGGAGGGCCCAGCCUCCUCCGCAGCCUGCCCGCAUCGCGCCUCAGCCGCAGGCCAGCUGCUUCGCAGAUCUGGGCCGAAGCCCAUGGUGAGGCCCCAGCGGAGCCUCCGUUGUUUUUUUUCUGUAGACCCAGCUUGCUUCAGAUUCGGCCCGAUAGGGUUUUUUUCCUGUUCUGCGAUUUUCCUAAUUUUCCUGAGACCACCAGUUUUAUAGAAUAGUCCCCCUAAAUCAUGCAUAUCAUAACUCACCAACCGUCCAUCGGAUCUAAAUAAAUUAUAUAUGUAACUUGACUAGAAUUUCAUCUAGUUUCAUAAUAUCCAACUUUCAUGCAUGUUCAAUAU